UCCUUCCUUUCCUUACCUGAAAGAGAAGGUGUGCGGGAUUGGAGGCUGGAAGCCCUCCUAUGCGGUGCGGCAUCCGAAAGGGAAGGCAUUGCUCCAAGUAGGGAGCGUUUCCUAGCGGGAGAAGUUGGGAGGGGAGGGUUGGAGGAGAGAGCGAGCGAGAGAGAGCGAGAGCGAGCCCCCUUUGCUGCUUGCCUCCCUUUUGCAUCUCUCUGUGCGCGCCUCCUCCUUCCUCCUUGACGCUCUACAAGUGCCGCGAAUUGAGAGAGAGAGAGAGAGAGACAGAGACUGCAAAGGGAAGCCAGCCUUGCAAGGGGUCUCUCUCUCUCUCUCUCUCUUGUCUUUCCUCUCUCUGUUUGGCAGCGGAAAAGAGGGGGGGCCGCAUGGGCUUGGAUGUGGCAUUGCAACGACGUGGGAUUGCGGCGCAGGCGGCUCUGCAGGGCUGAAGAAGAAGAAGAGGAGGAAGAAGAAGAAGAAGAAGAGGAGGAGGAGGAGGAUGAAGGGCUUGCUGCCGCUGCUGGUGGGCUACCUGCUGGCGCAAGAGAUGCCUCGCCCUCCGGCCGCCGCCGCCCCGCCUCACCUGGGCAGCAUCGUGAUGCUCUCGGGAGGCAACCAGAGCCGAGCCCCGGCUGGCCCGCUGCCCUCGUCCGCCUCCUCUUCCUCCGCCUGGGAGGCGCCCUCCUCGGCCUCGCUGGCCCCGCCGCCGGGCCCCGAGGAGUGCCGGGGCUACUUCGACGUGAUGGGCCAGUGGGACCCGUCCUUCAACUGCAGCGUGCGCGAGUACCCCUUCUGCUGCGGGACCUGCGGCUUCCGCUUCUGCUGCAAGUACCCCAAGGGCCGCCUCGACCAGGCGCUCUGCACCAACUACAUCAAGCCGCCCUGGCUCAACGGGAGGAAGGCGCCCUCCCGCCCCGCCGACCCCUCCCACGACCCCACGCGCGACAAGACCAACCUCAUCGUCUACAUCAUCUGCGGCGUGGUGGCCGUCAUGGUCCUGGUGGGCAUCUUCACCAAGCUGGGCCUCGAGAAGGCGCACCGCCCCCAGAGGGAGCACCUCUCCAGAGCUCUUGCUGAUGUUAUGCGCCCAGAAGCUCCCUGCACAACAGAUCAUAUGGAAAGAGAUCUCAAUAUCGUAGUCCAUGUGCAACAUUAUGAAAACAUGGAGACAAGACCACCGGCUAAUAAUUUGCAUGCAACACAAAUGAAUAAUGUGGUGCCAGUGUCGCCCCUUCUCCCUCAGCUGACGCACCCCCACUCAUACCCAAACAUGGGACAGAUUACGAAUCCAUAUGAACAGCAGCCACCGGGAAAGGAGCUCAACAAGUACGCAUCCUUGAAAGCAGUAGCAGACAAGGGCAGUGAGGACUUCUACUCCAAGCGACGGCACCUUGCAGAGCUGGCUUCCAAGGGAACGCUGCCACUGCACCCGGUGUGUGUGGAGGAGGACCGGCCGUACGUCCUGGAAGGCGGCACCAUGAAACACAACGGGCAGCGGCCCAAGGCGGCCAAGCCCCACAUGCACCCCCUGGCCUACAAAACCUGGGACCCUAGCGACCAGUCCCUGCGACAGCACGCCUAUGCAACCAAGGGGAGAAACCUUGCAGGGGACCCGUCCGUGGGCGACCCGUUGACAACACGGAGCCAGCACUACUUGCCCACACAGCCCUACUUCAUCACCAACAGCAAGACAGAGGUGACUGUGUGAGAUUCCUCCUCCCUAAUUUUCUUCCUCUCUUUUUUAAAAGAUGUGGGAGGGAAAACCAACACAACUGUGGAAGAGGCUAUACAAGAAAACAAGUAAUUCAUUAAAAAUAACCCAGACAGGAGAGGCGGAUAUAUUAAGGGCAAGGAACACAAAUGAGGUAGCAAACCGCAAAUCACAGGAGUGGGAAAGGUUAGCGCUAUACACAGCAAUACAUCGAAGGUUGUCCGAACUCUGAAUUUUACACUGGGACCAAAACCUUGCAAUCGUUCUCUUGCAUUUCCUUCCUGCCUUUCCCAAAUUAAAAUCCAUGAUGAGAAGUAGCACAAUGUAGAGUCACCGCCCAUCCACUUAAGAACUUUGUACGGUGUGCUGGCCUUGAAGGAGUCAGGGACACAGAGACCAAGUCCAUAUGUACUGGGGGGAAAUGGCACUGUUAGGAAUGCUGAAAAUGCUUCAGGAGGAAGGAGCUGAAAUGAGCAAACACCUUGGCUGAAAUCCUCACGUUUCGUAUCACGUUUCUGUACCAUGGCUCACCAAGCAAGCAAAAAACAAAAACAACAACAACAUUCUACACAACACACACCAGUUGAACCUGAAAGACUUGUGUGCAAAACUUGCAGAGACUGUUACAAAAAUAUGAGACUUUCUAGGUUGUAGAAAGCUUUGGAAAGGUUGGGUUUUCUUUCAGUUUUAUAGCAUUUUUUUCCAGAACCUGUGCCGAAGAAGGAAAAAAAUGGAAGAAGAACGCCACAGGUCAGGAAUUCACCACUGAAUGGAAUUGUUCCUUUUCACAGCUGUUGCACCACUGUUUCUUUUUUCUUUUCCUUGCUCAAUUUUCUUUGGACUGAGAACAAAUAAGUGUGGGUGGUGCCUUUACCGUAUUACUAAUGUUCAAUGCUAGUCUUGUUUUUAAGUAAAAUCUGUAUCAAUUUCAGAUUCUUUCAUGUUUGAGGCACUAGGGUCCUGUUAGGUUUUUUCCACUCAUUUUGAUGAUAUACAACACAAUUUUCAUGUUUCACCGGUAUGUUGUAUUUUGCAGACCCUAGGAGUGGCUGUCUGUUCUUGAUUCUUCUGUGAAACUGAUGUACCCUGCCUCAAAUUGCCCUUUCCUUGUUUGCAUUUAUGCAAGUGUAAAUUGUUUCGAAUUUGUUUCUCUCUAUCUCUCUCUGUUAUCGUUGAUCCUAUUUUGCAGGUCCACAUGAUUAAAAAACCCUGGCUUUUGGAAAAUUAGAUUUGAUGAAAGUUGUUGAAUAACAUUCCAGACAAAAAAAAAGGUUUGUUUGCUCAAAAGUGCUGUUUUGGAAGGAUGUUGUCUUGGUCAAUCUGACACUUUUUGGAGAAAUUAUGUAAGAGCCCUGUGUAAUUGCCACCCGUUUCUAUGGCAUGUUGGUCUAAAGUCUAUUUACACCUGGGGCAGUGUCUACCAAAAACCAUAACCUUGGUCUCGGAAUAAUUCAUUGACAGAUGUUCCUCUUGGCAGUAGGUAUUGAAGAUCUUCAGGAUUUUUAAGACCCAACUGAGAGAGUGAGAUGAGCACUAGAUCAUCUACAUACAUCAGGGUGAAAACCUUUCUGUUCCUGAUUACUGGUGAAGGAGAGUCAAUUUUAGCUAAACAAGGCACUAAAUCAUUCAUAUAGAUGUUAAAAAGAGUGGGGCAGUAAGCACCUUCUAUCUUCCUCCCAAAACAAUAAUAAUAAACUUUAUUUGUACCCCGCCCUAUCUCCCCAAGCGACUUGGGGCGGCUCACAACAUGAAAACAUACAACACAAUACAUAAAAAUAAAAAUAAAUAAAUAAUAAUACAUCAAUCAAUAUAAAGCAAACAAGACAAACCAAAACACAAGUAAACAACAAUUCACAAUAAAAAUUAAAAAGUGUAAACAUUGGUUUUAAAAACCCUACUACCGGAUGUGAGGUAUAUCCAUGUCCAUAUAAUACAGAGGCCAAAAAAAGGGAUAUGGGCACAUACAUAAAUGGUAAGGACUAAACGUCUGGGGACACAAUAAACCAGAAAGUCCUCAAGUUAAUCCCAGUACAUCAAAUGCAUUACAUUAACUAACAAGGAUGAUAACAACUGACUAACUGACCUUCUUGUGGCACACUCAGGGGCGGCUCAACCCAUUACGCAAAGUAAGCAUUUGCAGUAUAGUUUUGCCUAGGGGCACUCUUGAGGCGCUCUUGGGGGAAAAUGGACCUUGACAUAUGCGAGUUGUAGUUACUGAGAUGUAUAGCUCACCUACAAUCAAAGAGCAUUCUGAACUCCACUAAUGAUGGAAUUGAACCAAAUAUGGCACACAGAACUCCCACGACGAACAGAAAAUAUAUAUCAGUGAUUGUGGGGGGGGGGGGGCAAAAUACUGUUUGCUUACCGUUGAAAAUUACCUAGGGCCGCCUCUGGGCACACUACACGCACUGCAACUGGCACAGGAAUGUGUUGCGACACACAGUUUGGAAAGCUUUGCUCUUAACAUCGUUGCAGAAUGCCUUUGCAAAUAUCUUUAAAUGACUUUAAAAUAACCAAAAGACACCCCUUGCUACAGCAACCCAACAACUGCUGUUACCACUCAUUACUUUUGAAUUCUGACCAAAGUCGGGCUGUUAACUUCCUGCCGCUGGGAAAUUGUAAGAUACAACCUGAAACUCUGAUUUGGUUAAAGAGUCUAGAUAAUAUUCCCUUUCCUUACAGCUGCCAAGAGAGAGAAAUCAAUCUCGCCAAACAUCUAAAGCCAUUGCUUACUGAGGGCUUUUAAAAACUUGAAAUGAAAACAUGAGAAGAGGCUAAGGACAAUUGGUUGUUCACCUUUGUGUGCACUAAUGAAAUGAUCUAAACACAAAAAAGGAAAAACACUUUAGCUUUUAAGAUGACGAUGAAGGAUAGUGACAAGGGCUGCAAAUCCACUGAAUUCAAUCUUGCUUCCCAAAGGUAGGUAGGUAGGUAGGUGUGUGUGUGUUUGUGUGUAAAAUUACACUGCAAGCCAGUGUCUUUGGUCUGAAUCUUGCUUCUUCAAUUGGAUGGAGCCCAGAGCUUGGAAAGUGUUUUGAAGUACAACUUUGGGAAGAUUGCUCCAAAUAGUAACCAAUAAGUUCUGCUAUUUAUUUUUCAGUGGAAGAAUACACAAUUUGCAUGCAGAUAAUGCCAUGUUCAUUCUUGGAGUUGUCAUCAAAGGAUCAAAGAUUUUCUGUGCUCCUCAUUUCUCAUUGUUUUGGAACUAUAUGUUUGCCAUAUUCGAACGUGCUCAAACUGAUUUCAAUCGGACUCAGUUUGGCCCAGAUCCUGUCCACCAGUUUUCCACAAAACUUAGAGAAGUAUUUAUGGGAAAAGGAAAUGUGUGCUCACCUUCAAAUGUUUUCAUGAUUAGUUGCUUUCAUUUAAAAAAAUACAAGAAGAGUUAUGGUUAUUAAACCCUCUGGCCACCAAUUUCUAGUUACAACCAAUGGUGCUGCAUGCACCAUUUUAUGAGCAUCUUGAAGAAAAUGGCAACUGGGAGGCAUCAGCAUCAAUGGCCUAUUAGUAAAGAAAAUGAUUCUGCAAACCAUGCGUAGUGACCAAUUUCAAAUCUGAGCAUUUCUAGACCUCAGUGUUUAACAUGUGUUGAAAGCACUCCCAUAUUUGUAACCUACUUAAUCCGAGUUCUUUUUUAUAUACUAUAGAUGUGAUCUAUUAUAAUAAUAUACUUUAUUUAUAUUCCGCUCUAUCUCCCUGACAGGACUCAAAGCAGCUUACAGAAUACAUAUACGGCAAACAUUCCUUGCCAUUAUGCAAUUAACAACAAAGACAGAUAGUACAUAGACAGAGGCAAGGCUUCCCUCUUUUUCAUCUCUGGCAUCUGGAGGCUGUGCUUAACUUGGCCAUGGGGAGGGGUGGUUGUUCCAUUUUUCCAUGUCAAGGAGCCUAUUUUCCGUGGACGCCUUCCUGAUAUAACUUCCGGCAUGUUUUCUGGGGCGCCUUUUACCUUCCUGCCAAGGCAGUACCUAGUUAUCUAUUCACAUUGCUGUUUUCAAACUGCUACGUAAGCAGAAGCUAGGGCUGACAGCAGGAGCUCACCUCGACCCAUAGCUUGAACUGCCAACUUUCCAGUCAGCAAGAUUUUCUGUAGCUGGCAGUUUAAUCCACUGUGCUAGCUGUGACCCCUUUACAUACACAGUUCUAUCUAACAGUAUUAAGAGGGCACUUUAGGUAACCUUCUUUUGAGCUGCAAACAUUUCCUUUCAUCUCACCCUACCAUUUGACAUUUUAUGCCUCUCCUUAUAUAUUGUACAUCAAAUUAUCACUUUUUUACUGUUUUCACACUCAUCAAAACCCUGUCUUAUAGGAAUUAAGUGGCUAGACGCCAACAUAUUGAAUACUUUGGAUGAAUAGUACCUUUUUGCAACAGAAAAGGACACCCUGUAACUUCAGUUUUAAAGCUGUGCAUUAAAUAUAAAAAUAUUUCUUUGGUACAAGGAGAAAGAAAUUAUGCAGCAGCGAGCCCCAUUUACUUCUAUUGGGUAUACAAAGCCUCUGUCAGUGGCAAGGAGCUCUUUUCUAAUAUCUUUACCACCUGUUUGCUCGUUGGACCUGAACGUUUCUCUGAAACUCAUUGCUGCACAGCAACGUGAGGAUGUUUUCUUAGAAAUAUUCCUAGCAAACAUAUUUGUUCUUCUAGUGCAGACCUUGGGAAGGUUACAUUUUUUGACAACUUUCUUACAAUAGCCAGCCACUUCAUCACAUUGAACCAGGUCAAGUGUUUGGUAGAGUAUGUUUAUCAUAGUGCUCAGUCAUACUCGGUUUUGAGAUGAAAGGGAUGAUUUUCCUACCUUCAUCACACUACUACUGUUAAAUCUAUAAGUUACUCAGUGGUACCCAGUAGUUUUCAGCUGAUUUGCCAUCACACAGUAGAGAUUAGAGUGAGUGAACUACAACUCCCAAAAUCGUGGUUCAAUCUCCCCAAACUCUGCUAGUUUUCAUAGUUGGCCACAUUGGGUUUUUUGUGCCAAGUGUAGUCCAGAUCUGUCAUUGCUGGGGUUCAGAGGGCUCUCAGGAUAAGGGUGAACUCCAACUCCCAUAUUCCAAGGUCAAUCACCCCCAAACACCGCCUGUAUUCACAGCUGACUAUGUUGGGUCUGUAUUCCAAGUUUAGUCCAGAUCUAGCGUGGGCUGGGUUCAGUGCUCUCUGGAUUUUUGGGAGUUAUAACUCCCAAAAAUCAAGGUCAAUUCCCUCCCCCCCCCACACACACAGACACACAAACCCCUGCUGUAUGUUCAGUUGGUCAUGGGGGUUCUCUGUGCCUAGUUUGGUUCCAGUCAAUUGUCGGUGGAGGUCACAGUAUCUCUGGAUACAGGUGAACUAUAACUCCCAAAAAUCAAGGUCAAUCCCCCCUCCCCCCCCAAAAAAAACCCUGUAGUACAUUCAGUUGGUCAUGGGGGUUCUCUGUGCCUAGUUUGGUCUCGGUCCAUUGUCGGUGGAGGUCACAGUAUCUCUGGAUACUGGUGAACUGUAACUCCCCAAAAUCAAGGUCAACCCCCCCCCCCUCAAAACCCCUGCAGUGUAUUCAGUUGGUUAUGGGGGUUCUUUGCGCCUAGUUUGGUUCCACUCUAUUGUUAGUGGAGAUCACAGUAUCUCUGGAUCCAGGUGAACCACAAUUCCCAAAAAUCAAGGUCAAUUCCCCCCAAACCUCUGCAGCAUGUUUAGUUGGUCAGGGGACUUCUCUGUGCCAAGUUUAGUCCAGUUUAGUCUACCCUACACUUGAACCUAACCUGAUGUGAUGGACACAGUGAGUUACCACUUCUGAAGUGUGGGAAUCAGUGGAAUUUAAUAAACGUGUUGAAGUGGCAGAUGCUAGAAGAGUUUCAGGGCCCCAAAAAGGUACCUUUCCCUAAGUUUUGGUUUAGUUCACUUAGAUAUAUCUCUAUUGUGUGGCAGUGACUCUCCAGGAUUUUUGGAGUUUGUUAGACAGAGGAAAGUAGAGGCCAAGCAUAGUCAUGUCUGUAUGGUCUGUUCACAAGAAAGUGAAUUUCUGUCCAUUGGUUUCUGAAAAUUUUGCAGUUACAAGUGAUCGGGGGGGGGGGGGGUUAUGAUGGUCAGGCAUUCUUUCAUUCAAAGUCCACUAGGGAAAGAAAAAAUCCAUACUCCAACUAGUGCAGGCAUGGGCAAACUUGGGCCCUCCAGGUGUUUUGGACUCCAACUCCCACAAUUCCUAACAGCCUCAGGCCCCUUCCUUUUCCCUCUCAGCCGAUUGCAUCAGAGCUAGUUUAGAUGUCUCAUUGCAAAUAGACUGAAAAACAUGUGAAUGCAGCCAUGUAUCACCAAUCAUGUUUACCUUCUGAUAACACACACACACAAAGCACAGGAAAUGUUAAUGCUAUGAUAGACCUAUAUCGCCACAAAGGGCGACUUCUUCUAAACCGAUGCUCAAAAUAUUGUAACAUGUGACCCUUAGAACUCUUUACCUGGAUGCAUUAAUGACAUGGAGAACGAACCAGAGGAACAUCAUCAGAGAAGUUUUCUUAAGGCCGUUCGAUGGUCUUCUUUUAUUAAUGUUCCAAAUAACUUUUUCAAUAAAUGUUGCUUAAAUGGAGUUUCCAGGCAUCUUGCAUAAACUGGGGAUUAAAGACAUGAGACAAAGAUGAUAGAAUUUGCUCUAAAUAUUUUGGACUACCCAAUAAUGUCCUGAAAUCCAAGCCAAGCCCUUGUAGAUGAUUGAAAAUGAGCCCACGCUGCUGCUGCUGCUUACAAUGGCAAACCCCACAAAGAAAGCUAGGAAAAGAAAUAACCUAUCUUCUGGUCAUUGUAAAUCAUGAAUUACUAUUUUAGCCAAUGGCAAUGCUCACUUGCUCUGAAUACAUCCAUGCAAUACGGUUGAAAUAUUUUGGUGGAAUGGUCUUUCUCUCAUUUCUCUCCCCACCAAUUUGAGGUAUUUUUGGGAGAGCACAUAAUGCAAAGAGAAAUGGUGCAUAAAUCAGUCCUGUUGCCUCCAUUUCUUUUAUGUCACGGGAAAAAGCGACAAUUGAUUUGGACUAUUGCUUUAAUGGAAUAUUGCUUCAGAUUGGUCCAUGUGCUUACGAUACACAGUGCAGCUAACCCAUUCGAGUUUUUCUUUGUGCGACUUGGGACACAUUUUUGUAGGCGCUAAGUUAUUAAAUGUAUGUUUGGUUUACGUGUAUUAAUACUUGUUGAUAAUGACCGCAUUUGAGAUCACUUCCUACAACAACACAGAAAUGUUUGUUUUUAAAAGUUUAUUUGUAAACAUGCGUAUUCACUAUAUUAAUAUGAAUUUCUAUCUGGGCAAUAAAAAAAGAUUCUAUGUGAA